CAUACUGUCAUUCGCCGAGUGGUCGUCGGGCUGCGCGCGCGCCUCUCGCGCAGUUUCAUUUUGCUUCACUUGUUUGUGUUGCCUUUAUACUUGCUCACCGUCGAGGACGAGUGACGAAUUGCGCUCUUUCUGUGCUUGUGUUUGGAACUUUUUGUGAUAUUUGACGAGUUGCUAAUCACCAAUUACCGGAUUGUUAGCGAUGUACAUGUCUGGAUUUUUUAUUUUCUCUCCUGAACUAUCGGCGAGAAUGACUCCGCAAGAGGAGCGAGAAAAUUCUCGCGGAGCCGAGAUCGCGGACACGUUUGAGGACGACAUGUUCGGGCCGCCUCGCACCGAGCCCGCCGCCAGGCCCAAGCUCUCCAUGAUCUCCGCCCGCCUCCGCGCCAACGAGGAGCGCAAGCGCGUCAUCGAAAUCUGCUCACAGAAAUUGGAGAACAUCGAAGAUCCCGCCAGAGACCUGCGCAGAUCCGUGUGCAUAAACAACACGUACUGCCGCCUCAGCGAGGAAGCGCGCAGGGAGAAGGAGGCCAGAAGACGAAGGGCGCGGGAAGAGUGCGACGACUCGUGGAUAGGGAAGAAGGCGCGUCGCGCGGUCGAGGACGAGUGCUUGGCGUUGCUGGACGCGAUACCGGAGCUGGGGGACGCCAACCUGGGCUGCGCGCAGCUCGCGCGGCAGAUGCAGGAUGGCUCCCGACAGGACGCGCUGCUGCCCGCCGGCCUGCUCACCGUGCUGGACUCAUGACCGCGCCGCCCGGCGCACGUACACUCCUCGCUGUGAUGCCAGCGCACCGAGUGAAGACUCGCGCGAGCCGAAGCGCUCGAGUCGCUGACCGAGAUAUCGGCCGCGUUAGGAACAAAUUCACCCGAAUGAGCCGACGCGCUCCGGAUCGCGGUCGAGCGCGCCUCGCAACCUGACCGCUGGACAUCUCAUUGAUAGAAUUCUUGUCACCCCGGAACGGACGGACGACGACGUUAGCCAAUUCUUUGUUAUUAAGAGGAGUACUUACUUUGUUAGCGUGUUUUUAUAAUUUAGUGAAAGUUGCUCAGGUACCGGCGGGUGCGGUCCGAUUGUGUUCGACGAUCGCUUCUCGUGUCCGAGGACCCGCAGUGUUCUGUCAGAUGUGACGACGUGUCGCAGUGUAGGUCGGGAGUAGAGUGAGGACGUUCAUCGGUUGACGUUGGGAGAUAUGUAGAUUGUAAGCCAUAAUUAUUAAUGCAUUAUUGUACUAUAAAUAAUUAAAUGAAUCGUGAUUAAGGUAUAGUGCAAAACAACUGGGAACGGUAGCAUUUACGAAGCGAAGAUAACAUCGGAUCGGAGUAGCUUUCUUUGUUUGAUUUUUUAAUGUUCGGUGGACUGAGAAAACGCGUACGUGAGCGCUACGACGAAAAGAUAACGUGUAAUGUAGAACAACAGUAUUUCGCAUCCGAUAAAAUUUGAAAGUAAAAGCCAAAUGCGCUUCGCUGCGAAGCGUGAGCGGGAAGGCAGCUAAGCAUAUUAAGAAAUACUUGGAGUACAGUGGGCAAUCGAAUGUUACGUAUUAUCGUCGUAUAAUAUGCUCGUAACAAAAGAAAAAACCUUAUAAGUGAUGACGUGUAGCCGUCGUCGGCGCUCCACUCAGCUGCAGAUGAGCGUAUGUGACCUUACUCGUGUAUUAGAUAGGCAAGGCCAAGCGUUGGCCCAACUACCCGAACAUUUGUUCAAAAGUGCAUUUCAAUAAGUCUGAUUUUCUCAUCGACUGUUAAAUUGGUUUAUGUUUUAGUUUUGUAUAUACUUUUGUUUUAACGUUACCUUAUCUCACAAUUUACGCCGUGUUACCAUUUUGGUUUAUAAUUGGUUGGUGUGAAGUAUGCGAAUCAUUAUGUAGGUGGCUACUUAUCGUUAUUUAGCGAAUACAUUUAUAUGUGUGUUGUGUCAUUGUUAAUUUAUUUUAGAAUGAUUUUAGUUGGAAGUGUAAUGGAAUGGUAAAGCAGGUUGUGCAAUUGCGAGUGUUUCGUAUGCGUUGUGCAAUGGAAUAAAGUUGAGAAGUUAUUUUAUUGAAAUCUUAAUUGUCGCAAAAUAUAUCGGUUGUAGCCCGUUUCGCCCCUCUGAAUAGUAAAUAGGUACCUGUAGGAGGGCGAGGGGAUGCGGCAGUGGGGGUGAAGUGGAGGGGCGAGAGGGCAUCAGAGGGAGUAGGGCGCUCCGUUCCCAGCACCUCCUGUGAUAUUAGCCUAGCCUAUAUGUCGUAUUGUAUUUUGUGCUAGUUUCCCCAACCGACUUUUUUUGGACUUAAGACGCUAUGUAUAAAGAAAACGCUUGUAUAAAAUUGAUUCCUUUUAUAUGUAUUGGCCAUUUUAUACGGAUUAACCGGUUUUUCGAGUCGUAUACCCGACGUUAGUGCGUUUAGAUGUUUUUGUCACUGUAUUAUAAAGAAAUGUAGGUUUCCUUUUUUUGUAUGGCGUUUGUAUGUUGAUAAGAAUUGUGUAUUAUACAAUUAAGUGCUUAUACCACUUCGCCGCUGGAUGACUUCCGGCCUUUGAUGCAACUAAUACGGUUGAACGGGACUUAUUAUGCAAAAAUAAGUAUUCAGAAAGAUGAUUUCCAUAAGUUAUGUCGAUGUCCCUUUCUAUUAACGGUAACGAUCAGGUGAAAGAAAGGGACGGAUAGGGCACAGCCGUUGCCUUCCAGUCCUUUCUGAAUACGCGUCCUAAAUCAUGUUGACUAGUUGUUAAACCAGAGACUACCAAAUGUAUUUUUAAAAGAAUAUAAUUGUGAAGCGCACAUAAGAUUAAGAAGUAUUUUUUUGUUAUUUCAACAUUUAGGAAAAGUUUGUAAAAAAGAAAUGCAGAUAAAAAUGUAAUUGUUGUUUUGUAGGUUAAUUAUCGCCUCUUUUACCUCGCUAAAUUUUUUUAACUGUUAGAUUUUAGAGUGUCAAAUGUUUUACUUAAAAAAGAUAACAUUCCAGAAUCAACUUUGACGAUUACUUUAUACUUAUACCUUAGCGUAAUUUUGCCAUUGGGAUUUAUUAUGCUAUCAACUAGGGAUAAGGUUCAAAAUUGUGAGAAAUUAUAGGUAUGCGGUAGCUAUCACGAACUUCAACGGUAAAAUGAGGAACUGAUAUAAUCUAAAAGCACUUUGUUAUUUUCUAGGAAAAUAGUGAAAUUACUUAACAAUAUUAUGAUUUGUAAAACUUAAGUGUUGAGUAGCAAAGUUUUACAAAAAUUACGUCAAUGAAUUUUAACAAUUUUACUAUGAUCUUAAAUUAUGGUCACAAUAUACUUUUUAAUUUUUUAUGUUUAGUACAAGGUUUCUAUUAUGUUAACGCCCCUAAAUAAAUAAGAUGUUUUGUAAAAAGAUAAUGCGUUUAUAUUUUUUAUGAAAGAUAUAAUUGUACAAUAAAAAGUCAUACUCAUUA